AUGCCUAGCGCUAUUAAAGGUGUCUUGAUUGAAUGUGAUCCCUCUAUUCGUGCCCUAAUUUUGCAUAUUGAUACCAAAACUCAUGGAGUAAUCAUCCAGGAGCUUGAUGACACACAUCUUUUGGUGGAUGAGAAUCGUGUCGAAUACAUUAAAUCUGAACUUAACAGACUUUUGGCCAAAAACACCUUUGUGCCUGAGGAUGAAAAAUAA